GUACAAAAGGCUGUCCUCUUGUAUGCAAAACCUGAUACUUUAUAAAGCAUGCAUCCUAUGGACUCAUAUUGCUCAAAGAAUACAAGUGAGUACACUUAAUACAUCAACAAAAAAUGUCCAAGGAAAAUGGCAACUCUGAGCAUUUGCAUAUAGCAAUGUGCCCAUGGUUUGCUUUUGGUCACAUUACCUCUUUUCUCCAUUUAGCCAACAAACUAGCUGAAAAAGGUCAUACAAUUUCUUUCUUUAUCCCUACCAAAACCAAACUCAAAUUUGUCUCUCACAAUCACCACCCUCACCUCAUCACUUUGAUUCCGAUCACACUCCCAAGCGUCCAUGGCUUGCAUGUUGGAGCUGAAACAACCGCGGAUGUGCCCGCCUCUUCUCGGUCCCUCAUCAUGGCUGCUAUGGACCAGACUCAAGACACAAUCGAGUCUCAUCUGGCUCAUAUUAAGCCUGAUUUUAUCUUCUUUGACUUCACUGAAUGGAUACCUAAAGUAGCUCGAAAACACCAGAUAAAGUCAGUGUUCUAUUCCACAGUCUACUUAGUGACAGUUGCUUACUUGCUCCCUCAACCAAGGAAACUGGCCAUCAACUGCUUUUCUGAGGAAGAUAUGAAGCAGCCACCACCGGGGUUUCCUUUGCCUUCUAUCCGGCUGCGAGCCCAUGAAGCUCGCAGUCUAUCUAGUGCUUCUAAAGCGGAGUUUGGUGGUGGUGGAAUGUCGUUAUUGGAACGAGUUUCGGAAGCUUUCCAGCAAUGUGAUGCUGUUUGUAUCAAGACUUGUAGGGAGAUGGAAGGGUCUUACUGUGAUUUUAUGCAGAAAAAUUAUGGUAAGCCUGUGCUUCUGGCUGGGCCUGUAGUGCCUGAAUUGCCUGCUACUCAACUUGAUGAAUACUUUGAUAGGUGGUUAAAGGGUUGUGGAAAUGGCAGUGUGGUGUAUUGUGCGCUUGGAAGCGAAUGUACCCUUCAAAAAGACCAGUUCCAAGAGCUCAUUCUGGGACUUGAACUCACAGGUAUGCCUUUCUUGGCCGCCCUUAAGCUUCCUACAGAGUGCUCCACGCUAGAGUCAGCCUUACCAGAAGGAUUCAAAGAAAGAACAAAAGGAAGGGGAAUUGUUCACAUUGGUUGGGUGCAACAACAAUUGGUCUUACAACAUUCCUCAGUAGGAUGCUUCUUAACCCAUUGUGGAGCCGGUUCGCUAUCAGAAGCUAUGGUGAGCCAGUGCCAAAUAAUAAUGUUGCCACAGGCAGUGGAUCAAUCUGUGAACGCAAGGCUGAUGAGCCUCGACCUCCGGCUCGGGGUUGAGGUUGAGAUGAGAGACAGGGAUGGUUUUUUUACUCGUGAGGCGGUUUGUAAGGCAGUGGUCACAGUCAUGGACGCAGAGAAUGAAGUAGGAAGAGAGGUGCGAGCUAACCAUGCAAAAUGGAGGGAAUUUCUGCUGAAAGAAGGCCUUGAGGAUGCUUAUAUCAAUGGAUUCAUUCAGAGUCUGCAAGACCUUUUAUCCACUCAAGUAUAA